AACAUUGCUGGAGUCUGGCUUGUUAGGUGAAGAUAUUGAAGCUGUUAAAGUAGCAGCCUGUCCUUCCUAGCCUGUUUCAUCAGCUAAACCCAGAGCAUCCCUCACAAUGAAGGCUCUGAGCACUGCACUCCUUCCAUCCUUCAGUGGGAUCCCAGGGCUCAAGUGAGGAACAUCAGAGGUACAGAGCUCUCUGUCUGAGCAUCAUGGAGCCCAAAGCUCACACUCAGCAGGAGUCAUCCACCCCUUCCAGCAUGGAGACAGCAGAAGACCUUGCCUUCAAGUUAAAUGCUGCUGUGAGGAACAGUAACAGAAAUCAUGUGCUGGAGCUGCUAGAGAAAGGGGCAGAUGUGAACUCCAAAGCAGAAUAUGGCUGGACACCACUGCAGAGUGCUGUGCAAGCUGAUGAUGAGGACCUGGUCAGACUUCUGCUGGAUAAGGGUGCUUGUCCACAUGCCAGGAAGGACAACGGUGGCACUGCAUUUAUUGAGGCAGCAAUAGUGGGAAAUGUGAAUAUACUGGAGCUCCUUCUUAGUCAGGGGUUAAAUAUUGAUGACCAUGAUGACAAUGGCUUCACUGCAUUCAUGGAGGCUGCUUGGUAUGGGAAUGAAGAAGCCCUGAGAUUCCUGUUUAGCAAAGGUGCAAAUGUGAAUUUGAGGAGGGAAGUUAAUGAGGAGAAAGCAAAACUUCAUAAGGGAGGUGAGACAGCACUGAUGGAUGCUAGUAAAAAGGGCCACUUCUCAGUUGUAAAGGCUCUUGUCCAAGAGAUGGGGGCUGAUGUAAACAUUUGUGACAACAAAGACAGGAAUGCCCUGAUCCAUGCCCUCAAGGAGGGCUGUGCCAAGUCAGCUGUCUCCAUAGGUCAUUUCCUGCUGGAGCAGGGUGCCAACGUGAAGAGCAAAGAUGAAUGUGGGAAAAGUGCCCUCAUCCUAGCUGUUGAAAUGAGGAGCGCAGAUUUGGUGGAAACCUUGUUGAAGAAAGGUGGAAUAGACAUUGAUGAUGCAGAUGAGGAGGGCAACACGGCACUGACGGUGGCUGUAGAGAAAAAUGAUUAUGAGAUAGUCAAGUUGUUGUGUGAAAAGGGAGCAAGGACCGACGUUGGGAACCUGAUUGAGGUUGCCAACAGGAACCGCGCUCAUGAGACAGCGCGUCUCCUCCGACGCCACCGCGCCACGCUUGUGCCAGGAACCCUGCAGGACUGGGAGCCAACCAGCAAACGCUGGGGGGACCAGCUGAAAUACCUGUACAAAAUGUAUCACCCCAUGGUUGGCAAACUGAAGACCUUUCCAUACAUCAAGCAGAGGAUUCUGAGCACUUCCCACGGUGGCAUCUACCUGGGGCUCCAUGACGGGACGGAGGUAGCAGUUAGAAUAAGACAAGGUGUGGAGGGUGAGGAAGAGAAGGUGUUCUUUGAAGAAUGUGGUAGCUGUAAACAUCUACUAAAGCUCUUCCAGGUUGAGAAGCACAAGGACGACAUGUAUCUGUGCUUCCCUCUCUGGGAGAAAAGCCUGGAAGAGCAUCUGCAGGAACCAGCAGACCAAAGGGAUUACAAAGAUACUCUGAGGAUGAUCUUCCAGGCAGUGGGAGAGCUGCACUCCCUUGGAUUUGCUCACCAGGAUCUACAUCCCAGGAACUUUUUCAUAGAUUUAGAUGGUAAAAUAUACUUGGCAGACUUUGAUAACAGAAGAAAGUUGAUUGAAGACCAAAAGGAACUUGUAAAAUCAGAUUUAGAGGCUCUCAGCAGGCUCGUGCUGUAUGUUUUAACUGGGGGUAGGAAACCCUUUGAGCAAGUCAGUACCAAGGAUUUGGCUCCUGGGUCCCUAGAUUAUGAGGAGGCUCUGGACCUUGUAAACAGCCUGGUCUGUCAUGAUGAACGAGGCUUGGAAGGUUUGAGCAACCACCCCUAUUUCUGGAACAAACAACUCAGGCUUGAUUUCCUGAAGUCAGUGUGGAACAAAAUCAAAGUUCUCCCUCGUGGAAAACGUGUCUUUGAAGCUUCUGCUGCUGCUGAACAUUUUCCUUAUCCACAGUGGACCAAGGAGAUUGACAAACGUGUUCUGUCUGCCAUGAAUAACCCUCCCAACAGAAAGCCAAUCCCUUACACCAACAGUGUCACUGACCUACUGAAGUUCAUCAGGAACCUGGAUGAACAUGCAGAUAACAAGAUCAGCAAGAUAACAGGAGACCAUGCAGAGUAUUUCUUGAAGUCCUUCCCAGCACUUACCAUGUAUGUCUACAACAGCCUGUGCAAGCACCCCAGGUACAGACACUUUGUAGAAUCCUGGAGCUGUGUCUGUUGGAAAAGGCCUUCGAGUACAACCAUUACCUAAUGACCAAUUCUGGUGCUAAAUCAGGAACUUUGCAGAUUUUUGGGACCCUUCUCUGCAGGGUGUCACUGUCUCCUGCCCCAUGUCUAAUCCCACCAUCACUGUCUCCUUUCAUUCCCUAUUUCUUAAGUUGCAAAAGAGUUGAAAAAAGUGAGUAAGGAGAUGGAAGAGAGCACAAGAAGGGACAGAGCACAGAGGACUUAGACUAAGAACUGAAAGAUGCUUCAGUAGUGUUUGGUUUAACAAUGACAGGCUUUGAAGAGAGAUGAAGCUGAGUGCUAGGGGAGGUCCCUUUCAAUUACCUCUGUCCUUCUGAGUUUACUUGCCUCUCUGAGGUGGAAAUGAAGGCUCUGAUCUUCAGGGAAGAAGGAAUAUGUGGGACAGCACCAACAUCCCCAAUGUAUCAAUAUACCAAUGUCCUAUCUGGAAGGCAGGAGAAGAGCUUAAGCAUUUCCAGACAACAUGGGACUCUCUGAUAAAGGAAAAGGACUUUGAAAUCCUUGUUAGGGUUGAUGCUCACUAGAGCUUGCACUGAGGAGCUACCCCUCGAAAGACAUGGAUGCUCUCAGCCUUUUGGAAACACAGCAGCUAGAAAAUUAAAUGCCUAGGUGGUGGUCUGGCUGCAGAGUUGCCCUUGGACCAUUACCCCUCUGAGCUGGCAGAUGAGCAGUCAGGCCUGCCUCCUAGGACCUGAGGGACUUCUGGUGGGGGAUGCAGGAGAUGUUUCCACAAGGGGCAGAAAUAAGGAGCAGAAUCCCCCAAAACUCUGCUACUGUGAGUAGUCCUGACUCACCUGGAAAAGGUCACUGACAUCAAAGAGACUGCAGGGACUGGCUCCUCCUGGGAAGGACAAGCUCUGCCAUGACAGGCUACAUCUGCAAGACAGGGCUAGGCACAAGCACUCCCUGUCUCCAAAACAGUGCCCCUGUGGGUGUAUCACUGUCCUCCUGCCGGGCUUGGCUCCCUGGCACAGAGCUGGUGCCCAUGCAGCCAGCUCAGAGCUUUGAAAUUUGGGUGCUGAGUGAUACAAUCCCAGUUCUGAUAUUCCACAGCACGCAGCGUGCGUUUGGUUGUCCAAGGGUUUGCUCCUUCCUUGGCCAUGGCUCUGAUUUGCACUGAUUUGCUCUGAUUCUGUGUUGCUUACAGAAAUAUUUUUCAGCUGUUGAAGGGGUUUUUGCUUUUUCUUUUCAAACUGAGAUUGUUAUUCUUUCAAUGAGUCUCUGAAGAACCAACCUUGGAAUAAACUUU